AUGUUAUAUCAAUACUUUUAUCUCUAUUACAACUUUCCAUCUGCGUUUGAAUUUAACGAAAAAUUAUUAAUAACAAUAGCCGAUAAUCUUUACUCAUGUCAAUAUGGUACAUUUUUACUUAAUUCUGACAAAUUACGUACUGAUAUGAAAGUAUCUGAAUAUACGAUGUCAGCAUGGACACCUAUAUUACGUGAACGUUCAUUAUAUUUAAAUCCAUUUUAUACUGACAAAUCUGAUAAAGUUUUAAUACCAAAUAAUUCAUCGCGUCAUAUUAAAUUAUGGAAAAAUUAUUAUUGUCGUUAUAUGCCUGGUUAUCGUUCGACAUUGGAUGUUUUAACACAACGUUAUACAACGUUACUUAAUUUACGUAAAAAAUUUACAGAUGAAUUUAAUCAUAUUCGACAAGAUGGUGAACAACAACAACCACCACGAAUAUUACCUGGUGCACUUUAUCAAAGUCCAUUGGCAACUACAUUAACAAAUAUUUCAACACAAUCGAAAUCAAAUGUUGCUCAAGCAUCAGCAACAUUCAUGACAUAG